AUGGCAUACACAGAUGAUGCUGUCAAGGCAAAGCUCUCUGCACUUAACGAGACGCAAGAGGGCAUUGUCACUGUCGCGCAAUGGGUCAUGUUUCACAGACGGCAUGCUGAACGAACGGCGCAACUUUGGCUGCAGAAACUUCGCGACUCACCUGCUCCGAAGCGAUUGAAUUUAAUCUAUCUGGCAAAUGAGGUUGCGCAACAGUCAAGAGCACGACGGAAGGACGAUUUCCUCAUUGCAUUCUCGCCGAUCAUAGCAGAAGCCGUGUCUACUGCGUACAAAGGCGCUUCAAAUGACAUCCAGCAGAAGCUCAGACGAGUGGUAGAAGUGUGGAGGCAACGAUCAAUUUUUGAGCUACCAAUCCAGGAAGCUGUAGAAUCUCGUGUGGAUGAAAUCGAUAAAUCACGCUCCACCGGUAAAAAGCCACUCUUAGGCGGAUCUCUUUUUUCGAGCCCAUCUGGAUCAGGUACUCCAGCUGAGCUUCAGCCUCUUGUUCCUUUGCAAGUGGCUCUUUCUAAAGCUAUGGUUGCUUCAAGUGGCUCUGCUACAGCAGCUAAUACGGAAUACGAUAAGAUGCACGAUCCUAGCGUCCCACUGCCGACACCACCUGUACACGCUGCACGCCUCAGUCAGUUGUUGAAGGCACUUGCCAAUGCCGAGAGCCUAGUGUCUGAGGUUAUUAAGUCAAGGACUGCCCUAAUUGAUGGUCUUGAGAAACUGCUUGAGACGAAUCGUUCGGCGUUGUCGAAAGAACAGUCAUUGGCUACGCAAUUGUCCGAGAGAAAGCUAGAAACUGAGGGAAAGAAACGGGAAGUAGAGGAUGGAAUCAUGAGGGGCCUGUCUGCUGAGAAUUCGCCUUCUCCCAAUGUUGGCGACCCCAGCAACGGGGGAGAAACAGUUUCUCGUCCAGAGGUCGAGGCUUUAACCCCGCCACCUGUGGAAGCUCUCACACCUGUCGGAUCUCCCAAGCAGCGGCCCGAGGAGGGUGUAGAAGAUGAUCCUCAGGCUACUGCAACAUUCACAUUGGCGGGUUUCACAUAUCCCGCGGGUGCUUCUGUUCCCGGUGCAGACCUCUCUUCGGCUAUUCAUAGUGACAUACAGCAGGAUAGUUCGAACGGACUCUAUGCUAAAAAGCGCAAAGUCACUCACGGAGAGGAAGAUUACGCUCAAUUUGCAGCCGGUGACCUGGACGCUGAUGUUGCGGAGUUGCUAAAGCAGGAGGGUACUGCACAAUAG